UCCCUGAGCAGAGGCGGCGAGAGCGAGGCGGCGGCAUGGCCAAGACGGUAGCGAUCGGCAUCGACCUGGGCACGACCUACUCGUGCGUGGGCGUGUUCCAGCACGGCAAGGUGGAGAUCAUCGCCAACGACCAGGGCAACCGCACCACGCCCAGCUACGUGGCCUUCACGGACACGGAGCGUCUGAUCGGCGACGCGGCCAAGAACCAGGUGGCCAUGAACCCGCAGAACACGGUGUUCGACGCGAAGCGGCUGAUCGGGCGCAAGUUCGGCGACCCGGUGGUGCAGUCGGACAUGAAGCACUGGCCGUUCCAGGUGGUGAGCGAGGGCGACAAGCCCAAGGUGCAGGUGAGCUACAAGGGGGAGAGCAAGGCGUUCUACCCGGAGGAGAUCUCGUCGAUGGUGCUGACCAAGAUGAAGGAGAUCGCCGAGGCGUACCUGGGCCAGGCGGUGAGCAACGCGGUGAUCACGGUGCCGGCGUACUUCAACGACUCGCAGCGGCAGGCGACCAAGGACGCGGGCGUGAUCGCGGGCCUCAACGUGCUGAGGAUCAUCAACGAGCCCACGGCGGCCGCCAUCGCCUACGGGCUGGACCGCAAGGGCAAGGGGGAGCGCAACGUGCUCAUCUUCGACCUGGGCGGGGGCACGUUCGACGUGUCCAUCCUGACCAUCGACGACGGCAUCUUCGAGGUGAAGGCCACGGCGGGCGACACGCACCUGGGCGGCGAGGACUUCGACAACCGGCUGGUGAGCCACUUCGUGGAGGAGUUCAAGAGGAAGCACAAGAAGGACAUCAGCCAGAACAAGCGCGCCGUGCGGCGGCUGCGCACGGCGUGCGAGCGGGCCAAGCGCACGCUGUCGUCCAGCACGCAGGCCAACCUGGAGAUCGACUCGCUCUUCGAGGGCAUCGACUUCUACACGUCCAUCACGCGGGCGCGCUUCGAGGAGCUGUGCUCGGACCUGUUCCGCGGCACGCUGGAGCCCGUGGAGAAGGCGCUGCGCGACGCCAAGCUGGACAAGGCGCAGAUCCACGACCUGGUGCUGGUGGGCGGCUCCACGCGCAUCCCCAAGGUGCAGAAGCUGCUGCAGGACUUCUUCAACGGGCGCGAGCUCAACAAGAGCAUCAACCCGGACGAGGCGGUGGCGUACGGCGCGGCCGUGCAGGCGGCCAUCCUGAUGGGCGACAAGUCGGAGAACGUGCAGGACCUGCUGCUGCUGGACGUGGCGCCGCUGUCGCUGGGGCUGGAGACGGCGGGCGGCGUGAUGACGGCGCUCAUCAAGCGCAACUCCACCAUCCCCACCAAGCAGACGCAGACCUUCACCACCUACUCGGACAACCAGCCCGGCGUGCUGAUCCAGGUGUACGAGGGCGAGCGCGCCAUGACGCGCGACAACAACCUGCUGGGCCGCUUCGAGCUCAGCGGCAUCCCGCCGGCGCCGCGGGGCGUGCCCCAGAUCGAGGUGACCUUCGACAUCGACGCCAACGGCAUCCUCAACGUCACGGCCACCGACAAGAGCACCGGCAAGGCCAACAAGAUCACCAUCACCAACGACAAGGGCCGGCUCAGCAAGGAGGAGAUCGAGCGCAUGGUGCAGGAGGCCGAGAGGUACAAAGCCGAGGACGAGGUGCAGCGCGACAGGGUGGCGGCCAAGAACGCCCUCGAGUCCUACGCCUUCAACAUGAAGAGCGCCGUGGAGGACGACGGCCUCAAGGGCAAGAUCAGCGAGGCCGACAAGAGGAAGGUGCUGGACAAGUGCCAGGAGGUCAUCGCGUGGCUGGACGCCAACAGCCUGGCCGACAAGGACGAGUUUGAGCACAAGCGCAAGGAGCUGGAGCAGCUGUGCAACCCCAUCAUCAGCGGCCUGUACCAGGGUGCGGCUGGCCCCGGGGCCGCUGGGGGCUUUGGCGCCCAGGGGCCCAGGGGCGGCUCUGGCUCUGGCCCCACCAUUGAGGAGGUCGACUAGGGGCCUGGCCUCCCUCGGAGCCAUACAACUGGGACAAAGGGACUGUGUUGUCAGAUAUAUAUAGGUGUGUGUGACAUAUAGAGAAAAUAUGUAUCUUUUUUUGUCGGUAAGUCUGUAUGGUUAAGUUCCUUCUAAAGUGAAGUUCUAACCUCACAGUAACUAGUGGCAUCGUUAUUAUUGUUGAGUGAGACCCAGAUCUUCUUUGGAAGCUUUGCAGUUCAUGCAAGGUUGGACCUGUACCAUGUGGUUGUCUUUGAGUUCCUCUCAGAUGAGGGGUGGGUUAGACAGAUGCCCUUGGUGGGACCCUCACCCACACAUGACUUUUGGAGCUAGGGGGACGCAGACGUAGCUUGUAUUCUGUCCUUUCUUAGCUGCGAACGUGAUGUGCAAUGUGUAGGCAUGUACAUUUCUCAUUCUACUGCUGAGCUUACUUUCUACCAGUUUUCAAUGUAGAAGCAACUUUACUUUCGUUUUGUAUUUUGUAUGUGCUUGUCUAACUGAAGCCAGUGGUUUUAUUUUGUGGUAAAUAAACUUCAAUAUAAAAUGCA